AUGGUUUUACAAAUCAAAAUAUCUUUGUCUUCAAGUCGUAUUUUCCUGGCCACUCCUCCACUGCGGAACAUACGAAUGGUUUUGCUUCUAACUUUGUUUCUAUUGUACGAACUAAGCAGUACAGUAGAGGCGAAGGCAUUACCUACGAAAGCUGAUAAUGUGACGGUCGUUACUAAAACAGGCAAACAUCUCACCAUUGGCAAACAAGGAAUAACAGGAGAACAUUCAUCUAACCCUUACGGUAAGAAUAUUUGACUUUAGUAACACAUCUAUAGUUCUCAAACUCAUAUGAUCCUAAAGGCCGCUUUACACUACACAAUUUUUGCCUAAAACUGGCGCAUGCAACCUGCUUACAACUUGAGUUGUACUGUGUAAAUCAACGGACACAAUUCACUUAUGUUGUCGUAGAAUUGUAUUUAUUUUUUAAAACAUUGGUUAUGUAUAUUGCAUGUAAGGCGAAUCUGUAAACCUCAAGCUGAAUUUUAUUAUUUCGCCUUCGGCUCGAGUUUGUAUAUCUGAUACAACACGGCCUCUCAUGUUGUAUAUAUAGUUAUUACAUAUACUAAACAACAUUGCCGGAUUGAACAUGAGAACUUCUCAAAGGAACCAGUAAUUAGAAAGAAAUUUAGCGCAAAAGAAGAUUUGAUAAUUGUGGUAUCAAGACAACAAUAGGGUGAUAAGCUCUUUGUGUUUUGCUCGUGAAUUAUUCAUAAAUUAUAUCGAUUGGUAUAGGACGUCUAAGCGUCUUCCUCCAUGGAAGACGCCUAGGCGUCUUACCAAUCAAUGAAUUGGUUAAAAAGAUAUAGAUUAUGAGACUUAUGAGGACUGGCCUAGAUUUCAAGUCGGCGCAAUCUGAUCCAGUCCGAAGCUUGUUGAUCAAAUUACGCGGACUUGGAAUCUAGUCUAGUCCUCAUAUAGUCGAAAAUAUUACAUCAAACGGAGCAAAAUUUGCAAAGGUUCUCAGUUCACUUGGUAUAUCAUGCAGAACUGUAGGUAAAUAUCUCUCUAUUUUCAUUGCAGCUAAAAUAAAGAUAUAUACAGUUGAUUUUAACGGAAAGAUUGCAAUAAAAGCAGUAAAGAUGCAAAAAUAUCUGGCAAUGGACAAAACAGGAAAAGUUUACUUAGCGGUGAGUGGUGUUAGAGGCCUCAUUCUUCCUGAGAACUGUAUACAGAUACCAACGAUGAGGUUUUUUAAGAAAGUAAAAAGUUGUCUUUGAUUUAUCAAAAGAAAGGAUGUUAACUUAACCAGAAGCAAUACAGAUACCAACGUUGAGGUUUUUUAAUAAACUAAAAAGUCGUCUUUGAUUUAUCAAAAGAAAGGAAAUAUGUUUUAUUAUAUAAACAUAAGUGUUAUAUAGAGUUUUUGGCCACUGAGAAAAAUCGUAUUUAAACACACGUAAAAAAUACGAUAUUUUUACGUGUGAAAAUAUCAUUUGUUGUAAAACGCAUUGCCACGGACGUUUUAUUGUUUUUCACUGAAUUUGGUUUAUAUAAUAAACAGAAAAAUACAUGGGUGCUUGGAAAUAACAGAUUUAUUUCUCGUGUUGAACAUGAUAUCUCACUCGUUCGCUGCGCUCACUCGUGAGAUAUCAUGUUCAACACUCGAAAUAAAUCUGGUAUUUCCGCGGACCAUGUAUUAUUCUCUAUAACUUAACCAGAAGCAAUACAGAUACCAACGUUGAAGUUUUUUAAGAAACUAAAAAGUCGUCUUUGAUUUAUCAAAAGAACGGAAAUAUGUUAACUUAACCAGAAGAAAUCCUUGCUCUAGUUUACAAAUGUAAUGCCAACAAAGUUGUACAAAUUUUUAAAAAGCACGCAUGCCCAUGAAAUUAUUUUAAUUUUUAAUUUAAUUUAAUUUAUAAACUUUGCCGAUGAAACGGUACAUUACAUGACAGGACAAAAACAAACGUACAUAAUGAAAUACAGUGGGUACAUGACAACGGCUGGGUGACCGCAACAGCGAAUAGCCAAUUACUGCGGGCCCGAAAUUACUCUUGUCUCUGUAGAAAUAUUAAGAGAUUUACAUUGUCCAUCUCUGUACUGAAGAAUUUUUACUGAGACAACAAAAUUUAUGGAUUGUUUUAACCAAAUGUGAGAGUUGCAUGUCUCAGUCUGAAAAGAGAGUUAGGUGAUCCUGAAUUUACCUUUUUCAAAUGUUCCUCAAGAGUGCGUAAAAAUAAUGGAAAAUUUGACAUUACGUUAUUAUGUACGCAAUAAAAAAUAUACUUGACUGUAUUUAUCAGUGUUACAAUGAUUUCUUAAGACUCUCCCAGAACGUAUGUGUGACAAAAUGGUCCUCAAUCUUCCUGCAAGACAAAUGUCCCUCAGGAUCCCGGAUAUUCCACUGUACAAAGUCCUUCACUUCAUCGCAAAAUUCUUAACUUUAUUAAAGGUAAAAGUAUACUCAAAAUAUAAUCUGUUUUCUAGGCGAGUGUAACGAAUGAAGCAGUGUUCGUUGAAAAAAAACAUAAGUCUGGAUUUAACUCAAUUCACUCUGAACCACAUUCAACAAAAUAUCUGGCUAUCUCUGGAACAGGAUCUGUUAGCGGAAUUACGAACACGAAGACUGAUGACACGUUGUUUAUCUAUCUUCGCAUUGCUUAAUCUAUGGACGUUCAAUGAACAAACGUAGUAAGAUAAGACUAGAAUUAUCUCCAGUUCUGUGAACUUGUUAGUGGUAUCUUGGAGUGAAUAUGAAACAUUCGUCCUGGAAAGCUAAGUUUCCUUUCAUUUAUGAACAAAUAGCUUAUAGUCUAGAAAUUAUAUUUAUAGAUGAUAAAGAAGAUAAAUUAUAUGAAAAUAUAUUAUUGUAAAGCCUGGUUUAGUUACACUAUCAAAGUUUUGUGAUUACAACUUUGCAAAGGUAAAUUCAAAGUUUUGAAAGAUUUGUAAGGAGGGAAUGGACUCAGUGUUAAACACCCAGGUCAGUUCCAUGAAAUAUUUCUUACAAAUCCAUGAAAACUUUCAUAGUGUAAACCAGCCUCGAUAUGGGAUUAUUACACUAAUAUAGUAAGCGUUACACAUUUUCUAAAAGAAAAUCAUAGUAAAUAUAUAUUAUAUAAACGUAUAGUAAAUAAGAGAUAUAAUUAAGUUUAAC